AUCCUCGCCAUUUUGCAAUGUGGGAGAGAGGGAGGCCACUUUUUAUAGCUGACGAAUAAAACAAAGCAGUUUUAUGUGUUGAGGACAAAGAGCGUCGAGCUUUUCUGUGUCAGAUAUGGAGGAGAUCAGCAAUGUAGCUGUGCUCAUCACACACUCCUCUGCUGCCACCUCUUCCUCCUCCAUUCCUCCAGCUCUGGGAUCCCUCUCUCAAACCCAAACCCAGGAAGAGGAGGACGCCUGCCAGAGUCUUCAGCAGAAACGAGCUGCGGAUUCUCUCAUCCAGGUCAUCGAGAAGCUCAGCAAAAUCGUGGAGAAGCGGCCCCAGCGCCGCUGCACCAUGGCCGGACAGAAAAGAGUCUCUUCUGCAGGGGGAGGUGGGGAAUGUGAGGAGGGGACGAGGGGGAGCAGAGGAGGCUCUCCCUUAAAUAAAAUGAGAAGGAACUGUAAGGGGCAGGAGAGCACAGAAGAGGUGCGAAUAGAUGGCGGCACUCUUUCUUUACCUGUGUCAGGUGACAGUAACAACAACAACACCUCCACGGUAACGGAGGUAGCUGGCAACCCCAACAGCAGCGACCACAAGCGGACAGUGACGUGCUAUCAGUGCAGCCUGUGCCCCUUUCUCUCCCAGACGCUGCCCCUGCUCAAAGAGCAUCUGAAGCAUCACAACGAGCAGCACAGUGACCUCAUCCUCAUGUGCUCCGAGUGUCGCUUUACCUCCAGGGACCAAGGGCAGCUGGAGGCACACGUCAGGCUGCACUUCGACAACGGUGACAACCUUAAGAGCAGUUCCACUCUGUCGGACACCUACAGUGAGGGCAAGGAAGAGGUUUUAAGAAAGCAGGAUGGGGAAUGGACUGGGAGCAGCUCAUUGGACGGUUCCAAGGAGCUCCCACAGAAGAAGAAAUGGUAUAGCUACGAGGAGUAUGGAUUGUACCGCUGCCUGAUCUGCAGCUACGUGUGCAGCCAGCAGCGAAUGCUCAAGACGCAUGCGUGGAAGCACGCCGGCCUGGUUGACUGCUCAUACCCCAUCUUCGAGGACGAAGACGGCACUACUGCAAGGAGAGAGGCCCAGGCUGCAGCUAACAGUGCUGCAAGCAGAGAGGAAAUAGUUGUUCUUUCCCCAGUUCUUCAAGAUAAAAGCCUGCAAAAGCUGCCCACUGCCUUCAAGCUCCAGCUCUGCGUGCCAAUGAACGUUGAGAAUAAACGGGAUGCGUUGAAUCAUCCGGUUUCUAAUCUCAACGAAAGUCCAAAAACCGAAGAGGAGGAAAGCGUGUACCCUAUCAAAGAGGAGCCCAUGGUGGAGGUGCAGGUGACGACGGAGGCGGAUGCCGAGGUGGAGAUUGGGAGUCACCAUGAUGGCUCCUUUAUCACGGACAGCUUACUGUCAUCAGCUCAGAAGAUUAUCAACAGCAGUCCCAACAGUGCCGGCCACAUCAACGUGAUUGUAGAACGCCUUCCUUCAGCUGAGGACUCCGUCAUGGCGACUAACCCACUGCUUCUCAGCCCGGACGUGGACAGGGACAAGAAAUUACUGGAUGCCAAGGAGGAGGAGCGGGACCAUGUGGGAACUGCAAAGGAUGAGAUGGACCUCGGCUGCAGUGCGGGUAGCACUCCUGACGGCCAGCCAUUGGGAGCGGAUAUCAAACCGACUGUCGUUAUAGGUAGCGACUCUGCGCGGGAUGAAAACAUUCCCCCAGCUGGUCGCAAAAGGACGCAUUCGGAGUCUCUCCGCCUUCACUCUCUGGCAGCUGAGGUCCUGGUAGCUAUGCCUAUGAGGACACCCGAGUUCCCCAGCACCAAGGUAAGUCUUAAGACCAUUACAGCCCAGGCACAGAGCCCCCGCACGGGCCAUAAACAGGUAGAGGUGACUACAGCGGGACAGAAUGCUUCUGACGUAGAGACAACAGCCGCUUUAUUGGACUUGGAGCUUCACAGCGAGGGCAGAGAAGAAGAUUUGGGUUCCCUGUGCCUGGGGGAGGGAGACGAGGAGGGCCCUGUCACUAAAGCUGGCAUCAGCCUGUCACUGCUCACCGUCAUUGAAAGACUCAGAGAGCGCUCGGACCAGAAUGCCUCAGAUGAGGAUAUCUUAAAAGAGCUUCAGGACAACGCGCAGUUCCAAAACGGAGCCGUGGACGAUGUGGUCACAGGGAGCGGAGCUGGGACUUACAUGUGUAGCAUCCCAGGAAUGGACGGGUUGGUUGCCUCUCCAGAUGGUGGUCUGGUGGACUACAUCCCCGGCAGUGAAAGGCCGUACAGGUGCCGCCUGUGUCGCUACAGCAGCGGCAAUAAGGGCUACAUUAAACAGCACCUUCGGGUGCACAGGCAGAGGCAGCCGUAUCAGUGUCCCAUCUGUGAGCACAUCGCCUCGGACAGUAAGAACCUGGAGAGCCAUAUGAUCCACCACUGUAAGACCAGGAUGUACCAGUGCAAGCAGUGCACAGAUGCCUUCCACUACAAGAGUCAGUUAAGAAAUCAUGAAAGGGAGCACCACAGCUUCAGUGGUGACGUGGCCGGCCUCACACCCGUCACUGAAACGGUGGCCAUGGUGGAGGACGCCGAGCGGGUAACGGAUGAAGAAUGUGGUUUGCAGAAGAUGUAUAAGUGCGAUGUGUGCGACUACACCAGCUCGACAUAUGUUGGGGUGAGGAACCACCGUCGGAUUCAUAACUCCGACAAGCCUUAUCGGUGCUGUAGCUGUGACUUUGCCACCACCAACAUGAACAGUUUAAAGAGCCACAUGAGGAGGCACCCUCAGGAGCACCAGGCCGUGCAGCUCCUGGAGCAGUACAGGUGCUCUCUGUGUGGCUAUGUGUGCAGUCAUCCCCCAUCCCUCAAAUCCCACAUGUGGAAGCACGCCGGAGACCAGAACUACAACUACGAGCAAGUUAACAAAGCCAUUAACGAGGCCAUCUCCCAGAGCACCCGAGCUCCUCAGAAGUUGUCGGCGGUGCUGGAGUCGGUGGCAGAGCGCCCAGCAGUGGCCCAGCCCCCAAAGGACAAAGCAAAGGGCCCGGUGGAAGCACACACCUCCACGACGACAGCAGCAGCUGGCCUGGCUGGGGACAGCUCAGCCAGUCUCCCUACGCCCACCACGGACCCUUCACAGUCACCUGCUGAGCCUCCAAGCCCCCAGGGGAAGGACCCUGCACAGCCUCAGCCACGCACCGGCCACGCCCCUGCCCCGGGCCCCGGCAUGGAAUACUGUGUGCUCUUGUUCUGCUGCUGCAUCUGUGGCUUCGAGUCCACUAGUAAAGAGCGGCUGAUGGAGCACAUGAAGGAGCACGAGGGCGACAUCAUCAGCAUCAUCCUCAACAAGGAGCAGCAGCAGCAAACAGAAGCACAAACAGCAGAGUGAGAGCUGCCCCCCCCCCCUUAUAUUAACACUGACCCUGAGCUACUGCCCACUAAAGUAUUUCAUGAUGUUUCUUUACCUCACGGUGGCUGCGGUGGAUUUCAAGGUGUAAAACAUUUCACGUCUACUGUCCUGUCAUUUCUCAGAAUGUUCUCUGGUGAGGUCGCUUGUGGUGUUACAGGGUUACAACUGCGAGGGUCCAACGCAGACACCUUCGUACAGGUGCUGAGAAAGAUGAUGACUUUAUUUUCUGAGUGGCAUAUCCCUUUGAAAAAAUAACAUGGGACAAUGUUAUAAGCCGUUGGUGUCAAAUAAGUUGACAUUAAAGGGACACAAUGUGUCUGUCGGGAGGUGAUUUAGAUUUCAAGGGACAAAGCUCGAGCUCUAACCCAAGUUUAUUUUUCAAUAUACAGGAACAAGUUCAUACCUCACAAAACCAUACAAUCCCUCACCAGAAAUGGGGGGGGGAAAAGACAUGCAUAUUUUCCAGUCUAAUUCAUAUAUUGAUAUAAGGCAGCUCUUUUAUUGCUAUUGUAAUAUUUAAUGUAUUUGAUCUCUAGCCCAGUUAAGGAGGUACAAACUCACCACUGCCUAAACGAAGGCGUGUAUCGCAGCUUGAAUAGGAUUGAAUAUUUAUCCGUUUAUUUUUAUGCAUGUUUCUGUUAAGCCAAUUUAAAGAGGCAAAUGUUAAUUAUUAUUUGCAUUUUUUUGUAUGAGUGGUUGUAAUUUUACUUGUCUGAUCAUAUAUAUCAUUUGUAUUAUAUUUCUUUAGAGGAGGAAGAUAUAUAUAGUUCUCAAGAGGAAGAGUGGAAGUAUGGCCCGCCCUUUUAACCUUUCAUCAGUAGGUCUGACGAGGAGAGGGUUAGUUUUCACUCUUGGAAAUGUUCUUUUAAUUUAUCUGUAAAACUAUUUUCACAUGUUCUAAAUAUCUUUUCAUAUGUAGAUAUUACAUAUCGACUGAUCAAAACAUUAAAAUUUUAAUUAGAUAUCAGUAAUCCCCUCUCACUCAGUAACCCUAACGAUUACAGAAAUCUACAAUGAAUUUCCACAUGUUGGAAAAGGAUUGUGAUUUUGAAUAUCAACAAUUAUAUUUUGGAUAUGUACGUUGUAGAAGUCAUCUGCAAUAACUGUUAUUUUGACUGGUGCAAAUUCCUUUAUGAUCUCCAUAAUACAAAAAAAGGAAUUGUAGAUACCUUGAAUAUAAUUAUCACUAGUUACAAUUGUAUUUCUGAAAUCUGAAAUGUCAUUCUUACUCGUUACAAUUCCAAGCCAAAAUAUAAAUGAUGAAAUGUUGACGAGGCAGAAUUUGGCUUUAGAUAACUAGAGUUCCAUCUGUCAUUUAAGAAACAUUGUAGAUCUACAGUGAACAUUUCCACAAGUGAGAACUUCAUUGUUGAUAUCAAUAAUUGACAUAUCGCAUCUAAUCAAAAUGACAUUAUGGAUAUGUCGACUUGGAAACUUAACUCGUCAAAAAUUCCGUUUGAAUGGAAGUAAAAGUUGGCUCGUAAUCAAGUUACAGAUAUUUACAAUGAAGAUUUCCUCUAGUGAGAAAUGAAUUGUUGAUCUCUUUAAUUAAAAAUUGCAACUAUUUGAGAUUACGUUAUGGAUAUGUUGGCUUGGAACUAUUAACUAGUCAAAAAAGCAGCGGUUGAUAUCUACAAUGUUUAUUACUGCUAAUGAUGACAUGUUAGAGGGGCUUGCCAUGGUGGAAGUGGGGGUUUGAUGAUUGUAGUCUGCCGGCGACGCAGGUAUUGGUUUAGGGCAUGUUGACAAAAGGAAUGAUCAAAAGGGAAGUUAUGUCAGGAUGUUAUUUCUAAUGACUGGUGCCUAGAUGUUUGAAAGCAGGAAUAUUUUCUUAUUGAAUCACAAACACCUGUUUUCACUUGUGAUUGUGCUGCUUGGCUCACUUUAAGAGUUGUCAUUGAAGGUAUAGUCUGGUUCUUUUUUUUAGCUCUUUCAAUUUAUUUUGUAUAUAAUAACAUUUUUAUAAUAACCUUUGCGCUUUUUGUCAGUGUUUUUAAAAUACAAACUUUCUAGUGUCAAACGCAACUUGAAAAGACUGCUGUCCCAGCUAACACACCUGAACACAUGCCUGAAAUGAGAAGACAUGGAUGUAAAAAAUAAAGUUUUGGAAGGCGACACGUUUUGUCGAGGUUUAUUGGUGCAGUGUCACGUGAUCCACCGGAAGCAGGAGUGUAAUAUAAUUAGUGCAGCUGUGAUAUGGGAACACUCAACUCGGCACAGAGCAACGGCGAUAAAAGGAAACUUGGAUCAAUGAAGGCUUCGUGUUUACUGCGAUGGAUUGUCGCGCUGUGAGGGACUUUCUUACAGACGCACUUUUACACUUUUCUGAAAGGGAAAAAUGUAACCAAAAUAUUUCAAAUGAUGCUGACUGUGCAGUAAACACCAUGUUGAAUGUCAGGGAAGGGAAGGGAGUAUUGGCACAAAUCGAACCACCUAGUCACCCAGAUGCAUGCUGGGAACAACCAAAAACAUG